AUGGCUAUCCAAGACGAUAUCAUAGCUCCAGCGCUGGAUCCACAGGCCGAAGAAUCCUUCAAAGAAAAGACCCGAAAGAGGACGCUAGGCAAUCUACGCCUUGUUCAUCCAGAGACGAAUGCCGUGAUUCUGGUUCCCACGCCGUCCUCCGAUCCCAACGACCCGUUAAACUGGUCAACAUGGCGCAAGUACUAUGUCGCCGGGGUUCUUUGCUUGACGAUGGCCGUGUCCAAUUUUCUUGCCGCCGGGCCGGCCAUCGCGGUGCCGGCGACGGCAGCCGAUUUCUUCCCAGAUUCCUUGGCUGAUGGUACCUUUGUCACGUCUGCCAUUCCAAAGACGGCCUACUUCUUCACCACCACGUCUCUACUCAUAGGACUGGGCAACAUCGUCUGGGUGCCUAUGGCCAAUAAAUGGGGCCGCCGGCCAGUGUAUGUCGUGAGCUACAUGAUUUACUUUGCCACGGCAGUAUGGCUCAUCUUUGAGAAAUCGUAUGCCGGGUUUCUGGCAGGCCGAGUUCUCAUGGGAUUCGGUGCCGGUGCAGCGGAGACGCUUGCUCCCAUUACCAUUGCCGACAUCUUUUUUCUCCACGAAAGAGGCAGGAUCAUGUCCGCGUACACCUGCUUCUUAUCCAUAGGGGCAUCGGGAGGAUUGGUGAUUUCCGGUCUCAUCACGAUUCAUCAUACUUGGCGAACUAUCUAUCAGGUUGGCUCUGCCUUAAUUGGCUUUGUUCUUCUUGCUCUACUCUUUACUGUGCCCGAGACCAGCUACUCUCGGAUCGACGAUUAUAGCUCGCCUCCUGCAGAUACACCUAGUGAUCUAUCAACUUCAACUACGGCCCAAGGAGAGCUGUCUUCCCCGAAGAAGAUGAGCUAUUUCGAAACCCUAUUAGUAUUCAAGGCCGCAAGCACCAAGGAGAACCUCUUCAAGAUGAUGAUUCGCCCCUUUGGCCUCAUUGUCCUUCCACCGGUGCUCUGGUCUGCUCUUGCACUGGCCGUUACUAUUGGAUUUCUCGUGGCCGUUUCGUCUAACUCAGCUUCGGCAUUUAAUACGACGUAUGGCUUUGCAUCUUACCAGGUUGGACUUUGCUAUAUCGCUGGCGUGAUUGGCUCUCUGCUAGGGCUGCCUGCAGGAGGAAGCCUUGGGGAUAAGGUUGCAGAUAUUCUAACAAAGAGAAACGGCGGUAUUCGAGAGCCUGAAAUGCGGCUACCAGCAGUCAUGAUAUCUGCAAUCACCGCCCCGCUUGCUCUGGUCCUCUAUGGCGUCGGUAUCCAGUACAAGCUUCACUGGAUAUGUCCCACCAUAGGAAUAGGUCUCCUCAAUUUCUCCAUCACGCAAGCCAACACGAUUUGUAUCGUCUAUGUCAUUGACUCAUACCGGCCAGUUGCAGGUGAAAUAACUCUGGCAGUUACAGGAUUCAAAGCCCUGUUUGCCUUCUUCCUCUCCUUUGAAACAAACCCUUGGAUCAAUCUAUCUGGCUACCGGGACGCGUUUGGAGCCAUGGCGGGAAUUGCGGGGGGAGUCCUCAUUAUGUGGAUCCCGUUGUAUUUCUGGGGAAAGAAAAUUAGACAUUACUCGUGGAAAUGGAGAGUCAUCUCUUUUAUACACUGGGAUAAUGAUCGCGAAGUGGGCGAAUAA